AUGGGGAGGAGUUUGAGCCCAAUGUUACGAAGAGAGAUCCAAAAUCUUGACAAAGAUGCAGAUAGCCGCAAAUCUGCAAUGAGAGCAUUAAAGUCAUAUGUGAAAGAUCUGGAUAUGAAGACAAUUCCUAUCUUUCUUGCUCAAGUUUCUGAGACCAAGGAAACUGGUUCUUUGUCUGGAGAAUUCACAAUUUCACUGUACGAGGUUCUUGCUCGGGUUCAUGGAGUCAAGAUUGUUCCCAUGAUAGACAGCAUUAUGCAAUCUAUAAUUCAGACCUUGGCUUCAAGUGCAGGGUCGUUUCCUCUUCAGCAGGCUUGCUCAAAGGUGGUUCCGGCCAUAGCAAGAUAUGGAAUUGACCCCACUACCCCCGAAGAGAAGAAGAGGCAAAUAAUUCACUCUCUUUGUAAGCCCCUUUCAGACUCUCUCUCAAGUUCUCAAGAAGGUUUGACAUGUGGUGCGGCCCUUUGCUUGAAGGCACUUGUGGAUUCAGAUAACUGGCGUUUUGCUUCAGAUGAGAUGGUGAAUAGGGUUUGCCAGAAUGUUGCUGUGGCAUUGGAGGGAAAGUCUACUCAAACCAAUUCACACAUGGAUCUUGUCAUGACCCUGGCAGAGCGUAAUGCUUUGAUUGUUGAAGCCUAUGCUAGAUUGCUCAUACAAUCUGGAUUGCGAAUUCUAAAUCCUGGCAGUGAGCCUUUGGAGGGAAAUUCUCAGAAGCGGUUUGUAGCCAUCAGAAUGGUGAACUUCUUGAUGAAAUGUUUAGAUUCCAGGAGCAUAAUUUCGGAGGUCGAACAGAUAAUUGAGGUGAUGAAGCUGUGUCAAUCUGACAAAAUGGCAUAUGUCAAAGGAGCAGCAUUUGAGGCUUUGCAAACUGCUAAGAUGAUUAUCACUGAUAACAAAUCAAGAAUUGUGAAGACUCCUGCAUCGGUGACGGGUUCAAAUUUCAGUAGGAAAGACUUUAUGGACGGAGAAAGUUCUUUUGGUGAUGGACAUUGUUCUCCAUCAUCUAUUUCUCCUGGGUCAGUUACCAGUACCUUGGACUUCUUCAAUGGAUACCCAUCCCCUGAUGGGUCUCCCAUUUUAACAAGUCUGCCUUCUCAGAACUUCUACGAAGGAAGGAGUGUGAAUAGGAAGCUUUGGAGUCUUGAAAAUGGAGGGGUUGAUGUGUCUCUCAAGGAUGGUUUGUUCUCAAAGUCAGGGCAUGAAAAUGCCUCUUUGGAGCACACUAUGGAUCAUGGAUUUUCUAAUGGAGGGGGAGAUUUAACAGGGGAGUUUAAUGGUUUCACGAACAAAAGUCCAUGGCAUGGAGCAUCUAGAAGUGCCAGCACAAGUCCUCUAAAAUCCCACACGCAGUACAACUUAAAAAAUUUUAUGACUCCUAGAAAGCUUAUUCACUCUCUUCAAGACUCAAAUGAUGAGAUUUCAGAUUGCUCUGAGAAACUGAAUAGAAGAAGGAUCAAGAGUCUAUCAUCAGGCAAUAUUAUGUGGAGUCCAACAUCUUUUACAACAUAUGAUCAAAAUGGUAUGGUAGAUCAUGUCAACUAUGAUUCUAAAGAGAAUGGAGGAUUAUACAGUGAUGAUCAGUUCCAAGGAGGACCUGAGUCAGUCUCAUCGACAUAUGACAAUCCUAUUAACUCUGAUAUGCAGAGGCCUUCUGAGUUUGGUCGCCCUGAGAGUAGAAAUGAUACUGAAACUGUUCUCGUGGUAAAGCCAUUUCAAAAGACUAAGCAUAAAUUAGUUUGUGGCAUUUCUUUUGCUCUUCUUGCGAUAGCUACUCCUCUACUCUGGUUCAACAGUCAGGAUGAAGGCCAUUUUCUUGUCCCAACAUAA